AUGCACUUACUCAUAAUAAACCUAUCGACUUCCAUUCACAGGCAAACUUCAAAUAAAACAAGUACACUUCUGUUAGUAUCUUUCUCUUUCGUUAUUUAUUUUAUUUCUGUUGUUUUUUUUCUUUUUCAUUAUUCUUUCCUUACUUCUUACGUCUUUCUUUUGAAUUCUGUAUUGUUCUUCUUUAUCUCUUAUUUUGUUCUUAUUUUCUUUUUUAUUUAUUUUCUUUAUUUCCUCCCUAAUCCUUAUUUGCAUUCUGUUUUUGUCUCUUUAUUUUUUUUAUUUGUAGUUGAUUUUCUAUUCUUUAUUUUUCUUUUUCACUCUUUCUUUCCUUUUUUAUCCUGUUUUUUUUUCUUCCUUUUAAGUCGUUUUUCUUUUUCAUUAUUCUUUCCUUAUCCCCUACGUCCUUCAUUUGCAUUUUGUAUUGUUCCUCUUUAUUUCUUGCUUUGUUCCAUUUUUUUUUUUUUCGUUUUUCUUUCUUUCAGGCAUUUUUCUUGUUCAUCUCAUUCUUUAUUCCGUUUUAUUUUUGCUGGGUUUCCGCCAUUUUCUUUGAUUAAACUUUCUUUCUUGCCCCCACCUCUCUUCAAUCUUCGUAUCUCUUUUUCUUUUUAUCGUCUGUCUUCUUUUUUCUUGCUACCUUUACUUCUUUUACUAUUUAUCUUGCUUUCGUAUAAUCUCUUUACUUUUCGUCUUUUUCGCUUCUUUCUUUUCUUCCAUUUUUUUCUUUCUUUCAUUCCGUCGUCUUUCUGUUUUCUUUAUUUUCCCUUAUGUCGUUCUUUUUAUUUCUGCCUUCAAUUAUCCUAUCUUUCUUUCUUCUUUAUUUCUCUUCUCUUACUUUCUCACUUUCUCUGUUCCUCUUUCAAGUCUUUUCUCUCACUUGUUCAAAAGCCAAACGAUCGUCUUUUUUCGUUUAUCAUUUGUCUUUUUAAUACUCGUUCGUACCUCCUUCUUCAUUUUUUUCAUUCACCUAUCUUUUGCCUUUCUCUCAUUUCUCUUUUUCUCAUUUUACACUCUUUCGUAUUUCUUCUUUUUGCUCUUCUCUGUUUUUUAUUUCAUUUCUCUUUUCGUAUUUUUCUUUCUCCCUUCCUCAUAUCAUUUUUUACUUUUUUUUUCUUUAUUGCAAUGCUUUUUUCUUCUUCUUCUUUUACUCUUUCUUUCGUCGUAUUGCCUUUCAGCUUCUUUUUCAUUUUCUUUCUUUUUCUUUGGCAUUCCUUUCUUUUUUUGUCAUUUAUCAUAUUUUUCUUGCAUCCUUUCCGUUUUCUUUCUAUUAAUUUUUGUCUUUCUUUCAUUUGUCUACUUGUAUUUCUUUUUGUUUCGUUCAUUUUGUUUCUUGCAUUUUUUAUCUUUCUUUCCUUUAUUCGUUUGACCCUUUUUCUUUUUCUUACAUUCUUUCGUCUUUCUCUUUGUAUCUCUUUCUUUUUUUUUCGUCUCUCAUUCCUUGCUUUGUCUUUCUAG